CUAUCUCACUCUACCUCUGUUUUUCAUUUCAUUUAAAAUUUUUAUUAGCCAAGUCUUUUUGAAAAAAAAAAGGAAAAAAGAAAACAAAACAUCGAAAACCCCAAAAACCCACCCACAAACGCCACUUCCUUUUCACUCUCUUUUCUCUUUCUUCUCUCUACUGUCUGUUUUCUAAGUGAAAAAAAAAAAAUCCAAACUUCACAGUUUCUCUCAUACCAAACAAACAAAAAACGAGAGAAAACUGUAAAGCCUCCAUGGAUCUUUGUGAUACAACCAACAUUUUGUUCGGUAAAAUCAAGGUUUUAGACCCAGAAAAUGCUUCUAAAAUCAUGGGUUACAUCCUUAUCCAGGACUUAGCAGACAUGGAUUUGUUGCGUUUAGCCUUUGGUCCUGAAACCCUUUUACAGUCACUUGUUUUCAAAGCUAAAGCUCACUUAGGACUUUCUUCAAGCACUUUCUCUACUCAGUUGAACCCAAUCUCAAGACCCAACAGCUCUAACAAUUCCCAAAACCCACUUCCUCCAUUGUCUCCCAGUAUCAUUCCGAGAAAUGGGUUCUUAGAAUUUUCGAAGAAGGUGCCUUCAUGGUCUCCUGCUAGUAGCCCAAAAUCAAGUCCCUUUCUUUCUUAUGAAAAUAUCCGCUCUGGGUCUCUCUUAGUUACUUCAAAGACUGGGGAUAGCAGUACUGAUUUAAUCGAUGAGAAUCAAAUGAGUGACUAUUUUUCAUUUUUGAAUGAUUCUUCCUCUUCUAGGAAUGAGGACUUUAUUGGCCAUAGAAGGAGUUUUUCAGAAAGUGAUGCAUGUUUCGGAACAGUUGAAGAAGCCGGCGGAUUUGGUGGUCUUGUGGGUGGUUACAAGCCUUGUCUUUAUUUUGCUAGAGGCUUUUGUAAGAACGGUGAUAAUUGCAAGUUUUCGCAUGGCCUUGGUGGUUUAGCUGAUAAUGUUGAUAUUAAUGGUGUUGUUUUUGGUUCACCUAGUAAAAUGGACCUUCUUUAUCACCAGCAGGAGGAAAUGAUGAGAAUGAGAGCAGCUGCUCAUCAGCAAAGAUUCGCUGCUGCUCAGUUGGUGGCUGGUGUUUCUUCUCCAUUGCCUUAUGAAAAAAAAAUGAAUCUUCUGUUGCAACAGCAAACUGAGGCCCAGAGAGCUGCUGCAUUGAUGUUCGGUGAAGAAAUUUGCAAGUUUCCCCAGGGCCGAGCUGAGAGGGAGUUUUUCGCAAUGGGAUUAACAGAAAAGGCUAACUCAGCUUCAAAACAGAUUUACCUGACUUUUCCAGCUGAUAGUACAUUUAAAGAUGAAGAUGUUUCUAACUAUUUCAGCAUGUUUGGACCAGUGCAAGAUGUGAGGAUCCCAUAUCAGCAGAAGCGGAUGUUUGGCUUUGUAACUUUUGUCCAUCCUGAGACUGUGAAGCACAUUUUGGCCCGAGGAAACCCCCAUUACAUUUGUGAUUCACGCGUGCUUGUUAAGCCCUAUAAGGAAAAGGGAAAAGUUCCUGACAAGAAGCAACACCUGCCAGAGAGAGGGAACUUUUCUUCAUGUUCAAGCCCUUCAGGGCUUGACUCUAGAGAGCCAUAUGACCCUCAUGUUGGGGCAAAGAUGUUCUACAAUGCUUCGGAGAUGAUGUUGAGAAGGGAAUUUGAAGAGCAAGCUGAUCUCCAGCAUGCUAUUGAACUGCAGAGGAGAAGGUUUGUGAACUUGCAACUUCCAGACUUCAAGAAUGAUGGCAUUCAUCAUCACCAGCGCAGCCUAUCUGUUGGUGGUUCUGUUUCCUUGCCUGCUUAUUCCCAUGCCAGUCAAAAUGUUCAUCUAUCUGACAGCAUUAAACAAGAAGGUUCAGAAGUCAACGGUGGUAAUACAGCUGCUGCUCCUCCUGUAACCGUGAAUGCUGCUGAGGAGGAAGAAGUGAAUUCAGCUUGUGUUCAGAAAGGCGGAGUUGGGCAUACCCAGGACCAGGAGUGUUCCAACCCGAAAGGAUGUCACAAGAGUAGCCUAGAGCAUGCGCUUCCUGAUAGUCCGUUUGCUUCCCCUGAAAAGUCUACUGAAAGUCACCUCUCUGAGUUUCCUGCAGCAACUGGAAAUCCGAAUUUAUGUGCAAUGUCAUCUUCCGAAAAUGAUCCUUUACUACUCGCCACUUCUACUAGUGGCAUGACUUCCAUUUAAGUUAUCCUAUUCUUAAUGCCAAGGUUUUAUCAUGGGCAUGAAGCUAAUUAACUGUAGGAAAUAAAGGUAAGCAUGGUCAGAACUCAGGAAAGGAGUAACUAUAAUGUAUGAACUAAUCUUUUUCACAUUCCAGUCAAACAGCUUUCUUUUUAAUGUUUCGAUGUGAUACUAAUGCACAAAAGUAGAGAAGCAUAUACGAGAAGAAUCCCCUAGAUGUGUAUAGCAAGAUUUAUAGAGUGAAGGGUGGAUCCGCAAAGAAUGUAUCCAUCAUCGUCUUCUUCAAUACAAACUACUAACAGCAAAUGCAUAUUGGAUUACAUUUAUGGCAGACAAAUCAAUAUUGGUGUGUAGGGCUGUUCUCUUUUCCCCUUUUGCCGUUCCUUUGUAGGUAUGUAUUCCAACCAACAAAAGCCUGAAGGAGCCAAGGAUAGCUGAUUAUUGUAUUGUCAAUGUAUGCAUCUUCUUUCACAUUUUAUCUGAUAACAUUAUUAUAAUAUGAUUUGUACGAUUGGACUUUGAAGCUGGAAAUGUGUACAUUUAUCAUUACACUUGUGAGGAA